AUGGUUGCAGCAGAAGCGGCAGCAACGCAUACAGGGGAGAGGGAGGAAGAGGAGGAAGGGGAGGAGAAAGAGCAGGAGCAGUCACUUGCAGUAGCAGUUGUGAGCGCUAAGCCCUCAGCAGAAGACGCGGCACUGGUUCGGGCCAUGGCGCCCAAUGCCGAUCUGAAGAGAAUUCUGGGUGCCGGUUGCAUUGCCAGGGUCUAUGAGGGAACUCUGGUUGGCCGGCCCGUCGCCAUCAAGAUUCGCCGCGACAAUGUAGAGGAGUUCCUGCAAUUGGACUUCCAGUUCUUGAGGUUUGCCGCUAGUCUAGCAGAGACGUUAUGGCCCAACCUCAAAUGGUUGAUGCUGCAGAGCGCUCUCCAGGAUUUCAAGCAGUAUAUGCUGAGCCAGGUGGAUUUCCGGCAUGAGGCCAGCAACCUCCGGCGCUUUGCCGAGAAUUUCCAUCACAGCGCGGCGCAGGUUCCUAAGGUCUUUGCCGCCAGCGAACAGGUUUUGAUCAUGGAAGGGCAGUCAUUGUCCACCUUCUUGCAGCAGGAGACAGACCCGGUGCUCCGGAAGAAGGUUUGGUCCAUGCUCUCCGAUCAGGCGGCUAAGAUGGUUCUGGUUGAUAACUUCUUACAUGCCGACCUUCAUCCAGGCAACAUCUUGGUGACCAUGGAGCGUGGGCGGCUGGGGUCUGUUGUUCCCAAGCUUACCUUCAUUGAUGCAGGCAUGGCCCUUGAGCUCCCGAAGGCUUUGGUCGGCCAGCUUAGCCUGGCCAUGCAUGGGGCGCUCAACAACAAUGCGGAUCAACUGGGUCAGGCGUUGGUUGACCUACACUGCGCCGAGGGCCUCUGUGUGGACCCUAGCCCAUCCCUGCCACAUCGCUUGGGAGUGCUGGGACUUUGUUGCGUUUUCACCUGUGACGAACCUCUUUGGAGCCAGCUGUUCAAGACACGCGCAGACUAUAUUGGGGCUCGGACCCCUGAGUACUUCCAUCGGAUGGCGGCGAUCAUGACAGAGCACGAAGUUCGAGUGAGCCCCGUGCUGUGGUCGUUGCUUACCAGCUUUGCACUCGUCGAAGGAUCACUUCAUGAGCUGGGCUUCAAGACCAACGUGAUGCGAGCUUGUCUUCCAUACCUGAUGUCCAACCCUGUAGAUAUUCUACGCCGUGCUUUAGCCGGCGUGCAGUGCACUUUCUCAGAGAUGCUGAAUGUCUAA